AUGUCCAUAAUCACAUUUGUUACAGGAAAUGCGAAGAAACUAGAGGAGGUAAUUGCCAUUCUCUCAGAUGGGCACCCCGAAUCUGUUGAUGGUGGCUCAAAGGUGGGUAAAUACAUUAUAAAAAACGAAAAGCUGGAUCUAGAUGAAAUUCAGGGAUCUAUUGAGGAAGUCACUAUACAUAAAGCUAAGCAAGCAGCCAAAUUAUUGGGGGCUCCGGUUUUAGUGGAGGAUACUUGUUUGGGAUUCAACGCUCUGAACAACCUUCCUGGACCUUAUAUUAAGUGGUUCCAUCAAGAAUUGGGACUAGAGGGACUGAACAGGCUUCUAUAUGGAUUUGAGGAUAAGUCAGCCAAUGCGAUUACAACUUUCGGUUACUGUGAGGGCCCUGAUGCUGACGUGAAGCUAUUUCAGGGUGUCACUACUGGAGAAAUUGUUCCCUCUAGGGGCCCUCAGGAUUUUGGUUUUGAUUCCAUUUUCGAGCCUCAUGGAAUGGGAAAAACAUAUGCUGAGCUACGUGGUGCUCAAAAAAAUAGAAUCAGUCACAGAUUCAAGGCCCUAGCGAAGCUGAAAAAGUUCUUACUUAGCCAGUAA